AGGCGCGCCCUCCUCUGCCCCAUCGUGCUCCUGCUCUGUGACGUCAUUGUAAAUUGUUUCCCUGGACUUCAUUCUACGCCUCGAGAACUCGAGUAGCAGGAAGAGGAGCAGCAGGGAGAGCGCAGCCUGCAUCGCUGGGAAUCUCGGUUGCAAAACCCGAAGUUUUUCAAAGAAACGACAAGAAACACUCAAGAGUGCAGUUCACAAGCUCGCGUAGGGCCCCAGUAUAGCUGUAUGCAGCGAUGGAGGAUGGGAAGCCAGUGUGGGCGCCCCACCCAGUUGAUGGGUUUCAGCUGGGCAAUAUUGUAGACAUUGGUGCGGACUCUUUAACAAUUGAGCCGCUGAAACAGAAGGGCAAGACUUUCUUGGCUCCCAUCAACCAGGUAUUCCCAGCUGAAGAUGAUGGUGACAAAAUUGUGGAAGACAACUGUUCUCUCAUGUACCUAAAUGAAGCCACACUCCUAAACAAUAUUAGAGUGCGGUAUAGUAAAGAUAAGAUCUAUACGUUUGUAGCCAACAUCCUGAUUGCAGUGAACCCCUACAAUGACAUACCCAAACUGUAUUCUCCUGAGACCAUUAAGCAAUACCAGGGGAAAUCCCUGGGUACUUUGCCACCGCAUGUCUAUGCAAUCGCUGACAAAGCUUUUCGUGACCUGAGGGUGCUGAAAAUGAGCCAGUCCAUUAUUGUGUCUGGUGAAUCGGGAGCCGGCAAGACUGAAAACACUAAAUUUGUUCUCCGCUACUUGACAACAUCCUAUGGUACAGGUCAAGAUAUUGAUGAGAGAAUAGUAGAAGCGAAUCCUUUACUGGAGGCCUUUGGAAAUGCUAAAACAGUGCGAAACAACAACAGCAGCCGUUUUGGAAAAUUUGUAGAGAUUCACUUCAACGAAAAGAACUCUGUGGUUGGAGGGUUUGUUUCCCAUUACCUGUUGGAAAAGUCCCGCAUCUGUAUGCAGAGUAAAGAAGAACGCAACUACCAUAUCUUUUACCGUCUCUGUGCGGGAGCAUCUGAGGACAUUCGGCAAAAGUUUCAUUUGAGCUCUCCGGAGAGCUUCAGGUAUCUGAACCGUGGCUGCACCAGGUUUUUUGCCAGUAAGGAGACUGAUAAACAGAUCCCACAGAAUCGCAAGAGCCCUGAGCAUUUAAAGCAAGGCGCUUUGAAGGACCCCUUGUUGGAUGAUCAGGGUGACUUCAACAGGAUGUGUGGGGCCAUGAAGAAGAUCGGUCUUGAUGACACAGAGAAGCUGGAUCUUUUCAGGGUGGUUGCUGGUGUUCUGCACCUGGGAAACAUUGACUUUGAGGAAGCUGGCAGCACCUCAGGUGGCUGCACCCCGAAGAAGUCAUCCAGCCAGACCCUGGAGUACUGUGCAGAGCUGCUCGGUCUUGACGAGGAAGAUCUGAGGAUCAGUCUAACCACAAGAGUCAUGCUGACGACAGCAGGGGGCGCCAAAGGAACAGUGAUCAAGGUGCCUUUGAAGGUGGAACAGGCCAACAGUGGCCGUGACGCCUUGGCCAAGGCGGUCUACGGCCGUCUCUUCGAUCACGUGGUGAAGAGAGUAAACCAGUGCUUCCCCUUCGAGAACUCCUCCUUCUUCAUCGGUGUCCUGGAUAUUGCCGGGUUUGAAUAUUUUGAGCACAACAGCUUCGAGCAGUUCUGCAUCAACUAUUGUAAUGAAAAGCUACAGCAGUUUUUCAACGAGCGAAUUCUGAAAGAGGAACAGGAGCUAUAUCAGAAGGAAGGCCUGGGUGUGAAUGAGGUCCAUUAUGUGGAUAACCAGGACUGUAUUGAUCUUGUUGAAGCGAAGCUCGUGGGUAUCCUAGAUAUUCUGGAUGAAGAAAACCGUCUACCUCAGGCCAGUGAUCAACACUUUACAGAUGCAGUACAUCAGAAACACAAGGAACACUUCAGACUCUCAAUCCCAAGGAAGUCCAAACUGACUGUUCAUAGAAACAUCCGAGACGAUGAGGGCUUCAUUAUCAGGCACUUUGCUGGGGCUGUGUGCUACGAAACAACCCAGUUUGUGGAGAAGAACAAUGACGCCUUGCACACGUCUCUGGAGUACCUGGUGUGCGAGUCCAAGGAUAGAUUUGUACGGGAACUGUUUGACAAUUUCCAUAAUAGCAAGGACUCGAAACAAAAAGCUGGGAAACUGAGCUUCAUUAGUGUUGGCAACAAAUUCAAGACCCAGUUAAACAUUCUGCUUGAAAAGCUCCGCAGUACAGGAUCCAGCUUCAUUCGCUGUGUCAAACCCAAUCUGAAGAUGGUGAGUCGCCAGUUUGAAGGGGCCCAGAUUCUUUCCCAGCUACAGUGUUCAGGUAUGGUGUCAGUGUUGGAUCUCAUGCAGGGUGGGUUCCCAUCCCGAGCUCCAUUCCACGAACUUUACAACAUGUACAAGCAGUACAUGCCAGCCAAGCUGACGCGCUUGGACCCCAGGCUGUUCUGCAAGGCUUUGUUCAAAGCCCUUGGAUUAAAUGAAAAUGAUUACAAGUUUGGGUUAACGAGGGUAUUCUUCAGACCUGGCAAGUUUGCGGAGUUCGAUCAGAUCAUGAAGUCCGACCCCGAUCACCUGGCAGAAUUGGUGAAGCGUGUCAAUAAGUGGCUCCUCUGCAGUCGCUGGAAGAAGGUUCAGUGGUGUGCGCUGUCUGUCAUCAAGUUGAAGAACAAGAUGAAAUACCGGGCAACUGCCUGCAUCAAGAUGCAGAAGACUGUUCGCAUGUGGCUCUGCAGGAAAAAGCACAAACCACGCAUUGAUGGUCUGGUAAAGGUGCAGACUCUAAAGAAGAGAAUAGACAAGUUUACAGAAGUGGUGAGCGCUCUGAAGGAGGGCAAGCAGGAGAUGAGCAAACAGGUUCAAGAUCUAGAAACAUCCAUCAAUGCCCUGAUGGCUAAAAUGAAGAGCACUGUGAUGACGAGGCUGGAGAUCGAGAAGGAGCACGAGGUGCUGGUGAAGCGCUCGGAGGGGAUGCUGGGGGCGCUGCAGAGGAAGAAGCAGGAGGAGGAAGAGGCAGAGCGUCUGCGGAGGAUCCAGGAGGAGAUGGAACGGGAGAGGCAGAGGGGCGAGGAAGAGGAGCGGCGCCGCAAGCAGGAGGAGGACGACAGGCGCCUGAAAGCGGCGAUGGAGGCAAAGAGAAAGCAAGAGGAAGAAGAGAGGAAGAAGCGAGAGGAAGAGGAGAAGCUCCUCCAGGCUGAACUAGAGAUGCAGUUAGCUGCUGAGCGUGAGGAGGAGACUCGGAGACAAGCAGUCCUUGAACAGGAGCGCCGGGAUCGAGAGCUGGCAAUGAGAAUUGCCCAGAGCGAGUCUGAGCUCAUCACUGAAGAGACACAGCCAGACCCAGCUUUGCGCAGUAACGGCAUGGCAAGUGUUACUCCGGUUCCUCUCAAAGCCACUGCAGGUGGACCCCCAACCAGCAUGACAAUGGAAGAAAUGGCCAAAGAAAUGUGUGAGCUGCUGUCUAGGGGUCCGCAGAUGCAAGUAACCAAAGCUGCUGUUGGGACGCAGAAGUAUGAGCUGAGCAAGUGGAAGUACGCAGAGCUCCGUGACGCCAUCAAUACCUCCUGCGAUAUUGAGCUGCUGGCAGCCUGCCGAGAGGAGUUCCACCGCAGACUGAAGGUCUACCAUGCAUGGAAAUCAAAGAACAAGAAGCGCAACACUGACACCGACACCGAGCAGAGAGCUCCCAAAUCAGUCACUGACUAUGAUUAUGCACCGUUUAUGAAAAGCUCAUCUCAGCAGAAUCCAGCUCCAGUGCUCCCAGCCCGGCAGCAGGAGAUCUCCAUGAACCGGCAGCAGCGGUACUUCCGCAUCCCGUUCAUCCGCCCUGCCGACCAGUACAAGGACCCUCAGAACAAGAAGAAGGGCUGGUGGUACGCACAUUUUGAUGGGGCGUGGAUCGCCCGCCAGAUGGAGCUCCAUCCAGACAAGCAGCCAAUAAUGCUUGUGGCAGGGAAGGACGACAUGGAGAUGUGCGAGCUGAGUCUGGAAGAGACUGGUCUUACCCGAAAACGCGGAUCAGAAAUCUUGCCAAGGCAGUUUGAAGAAAUCUGGGAGCGUUGUGGGGGAAUCCAGUACCUCCGAAAUGCAGUAGAAAGCAAGCAAGCCAGACCAACAUACGCUACUGCAAUGCUACAGAAUCUCCUCCAGUAAACGGCACGUUACUUGAGCACUAAUAUUAGAAGGUGGUAUAGAUUACCCUUUUCAUUGGCUUAAAGGGAAUAGUGUACUCCCCAUUAAAGAAGACAUUUAGGCAUACUAUAAUCAGGCAGGAGACAGCCACGUUUUAUGUUAAUUAUUGGGGGGUUGUGUUGGGUUUUUGUUUUAUUUUCACUUUUUUUUUCUUUGUGCAGUGAACUUCUACAAUAACUGCCCUGCCCUGUGCUAUUCAUAAUAUCCCCUUUAUUGAGAUUAGUUAAGGUUGUUUCACCCUAGUGCUUACCUUCGGUAGCUACUGUUUAAAAUGCAGGUCUGCCUCUGGUGCUAUUCAGACUGAAUAAAUACUCAAUAUUUUUGUGUUUUUUAUUAGUUUUUUAUUCUUAUUAAUAAUAAAACUGGAACCCAAGAGGUCAAUAUCCAGGAUACAAUACAAACACAGAACCUGAUAAUGACAGAAAGGUGGGUAUUUAGUGGAUAAAGCACCUGCUCAGCCUUGAGUUUCAUUUAUGCUGCUACACUGAGAGUGUACAUUAGAUGGUCUGCACUGGAUAGCUCACUGUCUAGAGACUUGAUUUGAUUUAAUCAACAAAGAUGCCCAUCUUUUGGAUGUGUAUACUGCAACAUAUUUGCGCAUUGCAUUGUUUGUUUGUUUUGAUAUUUUCUAGAACUGUCAGCUUGAAUUCCUUGUAUCACAGUUAGCUGUUUUGUUCUUCAAUCUUAAUUCUGCCUAUACAGCACUGGCUCCUACUUACACAAAGAGUGUGCUUUCACUGAAAUGGCUCAGACCUCUGCUCUGACACAGACUUGCAGUUGCACACAUUUACUUUCCUAAUCCGUUGUUAAUCCAUCAAUCAGUUCAAAAGUGUAUAUGGUGCCCAAAUUUUCCUGGCUUUUUUUAGAGGCCUUUUCUAGUGGCAUGCACCAUAUAUCAUGUACCUUAGCAUUUAUAUACUGGAACACACUUUGUUUUCUGUUACUUAUAACUAGGGCUUGGAGUUUCCAAAAUGCACUUGUUGCAGUGAAAAGAAAUCAUCGUAGAUUUUGAAAGAUUAAAGUUAAUACAGAAUUAAAAUCCUAUAAAAAAAAAAAAGUCAAAUGUAUGAUCAAGUGCUCUUUUUACGUUAAUAAAUAUGCAGUUUUCUUAAUAAAUGAGAAUAUAUAUUACUGAAAUAUACAUUUCAAAUUGUACAACUUCAAAAAACUAUUUGAGGAAAAAAGACAUAGGUAUAGUGUAGUACAUAUUACAGCAGGAACCCCAAGUUCAGCCUGUAUAUAGCUACUGCUAAUACAAUAUGUCCUAUCCUCAUAAAAACAUUUCACCUGAAUUGCAAUUUGGGAAGGAUAACAGGGCCUGGUAAGAUAUAUCUGUUGAAAGAACAAACAUUUGAGACAAUCUCACAUGUAAGAUUAGAAAAGAUGACACAUUUCUCUUGGACUGCACAGUUUGUUAAUGGUUCAAAGUUGUUUAACACAAACAGCGUCUGAUUGUACAACUUGUGUAACACCCAUAUACCAUGGUGUGCAAAAAGCAUCUCAGUACAGACCUAGCUAUUUAUUUAUGAUUUGAAAUACAUGAGUGAUUACUACUGUCAAACUCAAUGAUGUCCUUUAAUGUAUAGUCAAUUAAUGAUGUUGAUGUGUUCUAUAUCCAUUCAUUUACUACAAUCAUUCCUUUAAAAAAACAAAUCUGCAGUUUGACCUUUUCAAUUUUUGAAUGUUGAUUUCUAACUGAUGUACUGAUACAAUGCAAAAAAUAAAUGCUUUCCAUGUUUAACUCCA